UCACCAGAUCAGUGCGUACAUAAACAUUCUACCCACCCCCAUCUUCUUCUUCAUUCUCUGCCCUCCGCCUUCGUCACUUGUGCCUUGUUUCCGUCUCUCUCUCUCUCUCUCUCUCUCACACACACACACACGUCCCAUCGUGUCCUCGUUGCUAUCUGGGUUUUUAUUAAAUCAGUGGGAGACUUGGUGCGUUUGUGGUAGCUGUGGGGUGAAUCCAGGGUGGUUGAGUUUGUAGGAGGUGGCGCUGCACUUGGAGCUUCGUUGAGUUCUAGUGGGAAGAGAACCAGCAGGAUUUGAGAGUUGGACUGAUUCGUAUCCUGAGUCUUGGCGUAGUUUGAAAAACCUCUAGGGAAUGGUGUGAUCUGCACUGCUUGCGAUUGUAUUCUUAGUAUCGCAGAAGUUUAGCCGUGAGACAUUUCGUUGUCUAAUUGUAGAAACGGAGGGGCUCUACAUAGCGAUUUUGUAAGGUUUAGAAGGGAUACGUAGAUAGUUCGGGCGUGCUGGUGGUGCUUACAGUUACUGAAUUCUCGAUCAUUUCACCAUUUGUGUGGUUAAUUUAGCGAUGGCACCUACUAUGGUUUCGCAACCAGCUCAAGGGUCAAUGGGAAUGGGAAAGCGUCGCGUCACCCUCGAUAGUUGGGAAUGCCAGCUGCCUAACCUUCGACCGGUGUGCACAAGGGGCAGAAGCUUAAUGGUGCCUGGAAGCUCUUGCACCACGCAACAGAGUGCGUCGCGUACGAAGAGCAGCCUAACGUUGGAUUUGAGCCUCAUGAGCGACAGAGCAGAAGAAGAAGAAAAAGAAGAUGGAGAUGUGUUCAAUGUAGAGGAAUCGGAUUGCGAGACACCCAAAGCGACGGAGCACAGAAUCCCCGACGUGGACAUUGAUUUCUGCCCCCCAGCUCCGAAGAAGCCCCGCAGCAUGGGUCGAUUUGCACUGGUUUGCGCAAUCCAAUGCGACAAACCUGAAUUUGUCUCUAAUCCCAGCCUAAAGAUGCAAGCGUCGCCGUGCUACCUGUUUUGAGAAUCUCUUUACUAUUAGGAAAUGAGUUAUCUAGGCUCAGUCAGAGCUCAUUAGGACGAAGAAUGGCGGAGUGCAGCCUGGCAAGAUGACUUCUUUGGUAACAUGGAUAUCACACGCUCACCUCAAAUUGCUAAAGAAUGCGUUAGUCGCUACUACGCACACCGAACGCACUGAACCACUCGUUCUGAGCUCUGCAACCUGAAGAGGUGCUGCCGGUGGCGCUCGUUUAACCGGUGGCGAGCUAUGCUUAGCCUUUGCCCGAGUGCCGCUAGCGAUGUCGGUGAUGCAGCCGAGGCAAUCAUUGAGCCCAGCAUGCUCGAAUGUCUGCUGGAUCAUGUGCGAGUCUCUACCCUGCUGAGAAGGACGCUGCAAGCAUCAAUGAAAGUCGCAUUGCACACGUCGUCUCAGUAUGAACUGAAACGCUGUGCAGAUAUCUUCUUCAACAAUGAUCAAAAAAUGCUCACAGGAUCAGACUGGCGCAUCCAUGGAAUGCACACUUUACAAAUUGCCUGUAUGUAGGUAGCAUGAGAUCAUGAUGCUUUUUGCUCCCUGGUUGGCACAAUUUUACAUUGGACUUGAAGUGCAUUGUAACAGUGCAGAAUGUGAGCCUCCGCAGUGAGAACCCUUGUAGUGAUUGAACUUAGGUGUGACGCAGAAAUCGAUACCAAAAUCGGCCUGCAAUGUAUGAUUAGGCUACCAACUGUAAAUACCGCAACGCAUUCCACGAAGUAAAGAAAUCAUCUUUAUGUUCAAUUAC